AUGACCUUUUACACUGCUGGGAAUAUCAUACCAGCGCUUUCUCGUCGAGAUGAUAUUGAGGAAGUUAUGCGUGAUUGGGAAAGCAGGUAUUCGACAUAUAUCACAACAUCAAUAUUCAUCACAACAUUCAAUGUCAACGGCCGAAUGCCAACUCAUGAGGAUUUGCCGAAUUGGUUAACGUGCGAUGGAGCAUCUGCACCAGAUUUUUAUGUUAUUGGAUUACAAGAAAUGGACCUUUCUCCUCAGGCUUUCCUCAUGAAUACUUCAGCACGUCACUCUGGAUGGCAGAUUGUCAUUCAGAAAUCUCUUCCUACUUCCGCCAACUAUAUUCUGGUCCAAGAAGCGCAUUUGGUUGGUAUAUUGUUGAUGAUUUACCGCCGCAUUGAUUGUGAAGUUCGGGUUGAAAAUACAGCAAUUGAUGUUGAAAUUGUACCAACUGGUUUCCCCCUACUGGGUCGUAUGGGUAAUAAGGGUGGUGUGGCUAUCAGUUUGCAGAUUAAUGAUAGCUAUCUUUGUUUUGUGAAUUCUCAUUUUGCUGCUGGACAGGAAGAAUUGGAAAAAAGAAAUCAAGAUUACAGGGAAAUAUCACAAGUUCGCUUCCCAAAAAGCAAUAAAAGUUUGUUUGAUCAUGAUGUCAUAUUCUGGUUUGGUGAUAUGAAUUUUCGUCUGGAAACUAAUAGUAAUUUGAGUAAUGAUGAUUUCCGUCGUCUUUGCUAUGACGAGAAUGCAUUUAGAGAUAUGAUAGUAUUUGAUCAGCUAAAAAAGCAGAAAAAGCUUAAUCAUAUAUUCGUUGAUUUUAAAGAACCAGAUAUUUUAAAUUUCCGCCCUACGUAUAAAUAUGAUCCUGGAACGACAAGAUGGGAUACCAGUGAUAAAUGUCGUUGUCCAGCUUGGUGUGAUCGAAUUUUGUGGUGGAACCGUGAUGGAGUGAAUGUCCGGCAAAAAGUCUACGAAAGUGUAGAAUCGGUGGUAUUUUCAGAUCAUAAACCAGUGCGAUCUAUAUUUUAUGUAGAAGUACGGCAUGUCGAUGAAGCUAAACGGAGUGCUUGUUUGGAGGAAGCUGUACGGGAAGCAGAUCGCCGUGCAAAUGAGGCACUUCCGCAGAUUGAAUUAUCGCAAAGCGAAGUGGAUUUCGGUAAAGUGUAUUUUUUUCAAAGUGCAUCUAGAACAAUAACAAUUAAAAAUACGGGUAAAACGAAAAUUUCAUUUUCGUUUGAUGCGAGACCAAACCGUAUUGCAUUAUGUGAACCUUGGCUCUCUGUUACACCGCCCAAUUCAAGGCUUCAACCGGGUGCCUCCUGUACUAUUAGUUUGCAGAUUUUAAUUGAUAAAGCAGUAGCAUGGACAAUAAAUGGAGAUGAGAAACUAUCGGAAAUCCUGGUACUUCGAUUGCACCGUGGAAGGCAUUAUUUUGUUACUGUUUCGGCUUAUUAUCAGUACAGCGCUUUUGGUUCAUCAUUUGUUAAUCUAAUUCAUAUGGAAAAAAGAAAAACAUCUGCAUCUGAACUUAAUUUGACCUAUAGUCCUGCAUCACUUAUAUCCGCUGUUGUGGCUGGCGUACCGGAAUCUGUUUUUCGUAUCAGUGAAGCAUUAAAACAAAAUGGUUUAGAAAAGAUUUGUUUUGAUGACCCUUCUGCACACAGCGAAUUCAUAGCAUUACGAAAUGCAUUAGAUACUGGAAAACCAAAAAAUUUGUUUGAAGCAUGCAAAUCAGCUUUCAGUAUGUAUGACACUUUCUUAACACUUAUCACAUCCUUUAAAGAAUCUAUAAUACCUCCAGCUUUACAAAUGGAAUGUUUGCGGGCAGCCAGUGACAUUAAUAGUUGUUGGUCAUGUGUUGAGAAAUUCCCUGUCGAGAAUCGCAAUAUGUUUAUUUAUUUUAUUGGUUUUGUUUCUGAGCUGGUAAAAUGGAAUAGCACUGCAAAUAGUCAAAUGCAGUUGAUAGCUGAUAUUAUAUUCAAACGACCGACUGGUGAUGGUGGUUGUUUACAGCGUUUAAAAUUUUUGGAAACAUGUGUAUCGGGAAGUCGAGAAGUUAGCAAGAAUGCUCCAUCAAUCUCUAUACAUUACCAGCACGAUGCUGAUCUCAUUGUUUUGUGA